AUGUCGAAGGAGUUGUCUUCUGGGUCUGCUGCAUCGGGCAAGCAAUUCCCGACGGGUCUGAAUGUAGAGCCUACGAUACAGGAAGGGAAGGGAGAAUAUGCGCCAAUCAUUGCAGACCAACGAGCAGUUCCUGAGGGUACCUCCGCCGCGUCCAAACUCUUUGAGAACAAGCAAUACGAGUUCUGGCGGUAG